AUGACAUCGACAGUUACGAAUGAAGGCAGAAGGAUCAUGGAACUAAAAGUCUCGUCGAAUAUCUCUCUCUAUGGGUGGAGGUUGAUUCUAAAUCAAAUCCCGACAAAAGACCAGUUGAUUUACCAUGGAGUAGUGGUGGACAGUAGCUACAUCUUGUGUGGUUCAAAUUUUGAAUCCAUUGCUCACCUUUUCGGCCGUUGUGUGUUCUCGGUUGGUAUUUGGAACAAAAUGUAUGAUUGGAUUGGUAGUGGGCUGGGAAUGACGGUCUUGGAACUGAUGGAGUUAUUUUUCCAUUUCGACAAGUUAAAGGUUAAGUCGGAAAGGAUUACUAUCUCCGUUAUUUGGCUUGCAACUGUUUGGUAUUUAUAG